AGACGUCCUUGGACAAAUAGAACAGCGAGGAUGAAAAAAUGGGGCGAGCGUCUCAAGAAGGUGGAGCAGCUGGCCGAGACCUUCCAUCAUAAUCCAGUGAUUCCGCGCUACAAGCCUCGACUUUGGCCUUGCCAGCCUUCCUCUGUCUGGAAACUGUUCCAUCGCCAAAGUGUGGCCAUUGCUUUUGCUCAGAGCUGCAAGGAGCCUGUGCAUGUCUUUGCAUUGGAAAAAGAGAAGGCUCCCCGGGGUCAAAGGAUAUUCCUGGUGACCACUUACGGUGAACUGUGGCACUACUACAGGACUUACACACAAUCCUUGAUGCACUGCUACGAAGUGAUCCCAGAGGGCGCUGUUUGCAAACUGUACUUUGACUUGGAGUUCCACAAGCCUUCAAACAGAGAAGCUGAUGGCAAAAAGAUGGUGGCCAUGUUGAUCCAGUAUGUUUGUCAAAAGCUGAAGGACAUCUAUGGGGUUGAAUGUUGUGCAUCAAACAUCCUCAAUCUGGACUCCAGCACAGAUGAUAAAUUCAGUCGACAUCUCAUCUUCAAUCUACCAAAUGCCGUUUUCAAGGACAACAUUCAUGUCGGUGCCUUCAUUCAUUCCAUACUUCAACCUGUGCUGGAUGAAUGCAAUGUGGAUGGCAGCGGAACACACGGCGAGCUGACAAGUCAAAGUACACAAACCAAAAGACUGAAAACUGACGAAAUUGACCUCAGCUUCCUUCACGUGAAAAACAAAGAUGGCCACCGUGCUAAGUUUGUUGAUCUUGGGGUCUACACCAAGAACAGAAAUUUCCGUCUUUACAAGUCAUCUAAGGUCGGGAAGAACGCGGCCUUCUCCUUAGCAGAUGACAACAAGUUCAUCUCCAAACCCACCAAGUGCAUUUCAGCAGAGGAAAGUGUGUUCUUGGCAUCUUUAGUGUGCAAUGUGAGCUUCACAGGCCAGAGAAUUCUAACGUGGGAAGUCACAGACACCCGAGCGUGUCGGACCACGAGGCUUCACAGCCAGACGGAUUUACCAUGUGACCCAAGCUCACUCUCAGGCUACCUAAUGUCGCCUCACAGAGAAGUGGACGACUUUGUUUUGACAGUGGUUAGGAGGGACAACAUACAAGGAAGCAUCAGACGGUGGAACUACUUUGCAGCCGAGCAGCUUCUGGUCUACGACAUUGCCAAGUACCGUUGGUGUGACAACGUAGGCCGCUUUCACAAAAGCAACAACAUCAUGAUCGUGGCGGAUCUCAAAGAGGAGGUUUGGUACCAGAAGUGUCACGAUCCCGAGUGUAGGAACUUUAGAUCCUCAAGUUACCCACUGCCACAGGAGAUCUGCAUCAGUUACAUCAUGAUGCUGGACGACGAGGAUCAGGACUACGUAAUGGACGAUGCAGGCAACAUUGAAGCCACCCAGACACAGAAACAAGCGGCUGAGUAUCAAGAACCCGCCGACAAGUGGGGAGGAAGUGCUGAGGACGACCAGGAAUUCUCUGAUUGUCUUAACGACUUUGAACUGACAAGCGGCGAAAUCUCAGAUGAGCUGCUGCUCGACUGCGUGCAAGGUUUCCAUUCAUAGAGAAUGACGUUAAUCCACGGCAACUUACUUUUGCACUUUAUUGAACUUUGUUUUACUCACAACUUAAGCACGAACCUGCAAAAAAUAUAUAUAUAUAUUUUAUACAUUAUUUUACAAGCACAAUAUGAUUUGAAUUGGCAGGUCUCAAUUCCAAUAAGUCACCUUUUAAAACGAAUAGUGUGACAAAGACAGGAUUAAAAUUGUUGCUAUUCUGUGCCCCCCAAAUGAAAAUCAUAAAAACAAACUGAACCGGUUGAGAAAUGGGGGAAUGCAAAUAUAUUCAAAGCUCAGAAUAUCAUUCUUUGUUAUAUUAGGUAUAAUUCAAAUAUUAUUUACCUGUAAUGACUUCAUUAAAUAUCCACGCGCAUGCCACAAACUUUAAAACCUCCAGUUUAAACUUCUGCAAGAUUUAUACUAGGAUAAAUAAAACCACUCACUUGAUUUGGUGCUCUGUUGAGGAAAGCUUAGACC